CCGAACGGGACGGCGGAGGACGGGGAGGGGGUUCCCCGGCAGCCAUGUUCGUUGGUCAAGCAAGCCUCCUCUCUCACCUCUCCGUCUCCUCGCCCGCGUACAUGUGAUAUUGUAAACAUUGGCGCCGCGCCGGCCGCUCUUCAAUCGCUUGCGUUGCAACACGGCUGUCUCCGUUGUUUCGUUUUGAGUGUCCGGUUGAAGCAGCGAACCGAAAGUGCAUGCAGUCUCGCCAGCAUGCCGAGCUGUUUCGUACCCGGCUGCAAGAAUCACUCAGGUCGAAGACUGGAAGGUGUCACUUUUCACAGGAUCCCGAAAAAUCAGCAGCGUCGUGCCGCCUGGCUUCACGCCUUAGGCUACCCUCCCGACCGUGAGCCGUCAAAGUACAGCUCCAUAUGUUCUUUGCACUUUCGAGAAGAGCAUAUUGACCGAACCUCGUUGAGCUCUGUUCGUUUGCGAGACGAUGCCGUUCCGACUGUCGCCUAUCAGUCAGAACCCGUCACACCGUCACGCAGCCACUCAGCAUCGCCGUAUCCGGCAUCAGCAUCGAGCUCUGCUGCAUGCUCAGCGUCUGGUUCUGAAACUGUGGACAUCGGUCAGUCAACAACAGCUUCUCCUCCCAGCCCCGUUCCCCAUCAAGCAGUUCUGCCUGUGCACGUGGAGCACAGCAGCAUUCAGGAACCUCCUGAACCCCUCUGGGAAUAUGCAGUGGUGGGAACUGAGCCAUCAACAAGCGUCGAAAAAGUGUCGUCAGCAGCUUCUCUACCGAGUGACAUGCGUCAUCUGGCUGUGCAUGUGGAGCAGAGCGACAUUCAGGGGCCUGGUGAUCUCCUCUUGGAACCUGCCAUGAUUGGAACUGAGCUGCCAACAGAUGCUGGGGAAACGUCAGCAGCAGCUGCUCUGCCCAGCGACGUGCAAUGCAUGGCACCUCCUUUUGCACAUGUUGGGCCCACUGAUGACCAGGGGACUCCUGGCCUCCUCUGGGACCCACUUGUGAGCACGGAUGACAUGGGCAGCACAGGGUUCCAAUCGCCAGGUGAACCAUAUAGCCCUCCCACAGACCAAGACACAGACGAAAGCACAGGGUUUCAGUCACCGCAGGAACCGUAUAGCCCUCCCACAGACCAAGAUAUGGAUUUUCAGUGGACUAUUCAAGAAGCUGCUGAACCUGUGCAGCCUAGGACAAGUUCCCAGUCCCGAUUGGUAAGACUUGCGGCAUCAGACCACAUAAGCUGUCAUGGUAUUAACUUAAUUAUGGCCUGAGGUUUUGGGGUAAAACUGAAAUCUCUAUUUCUAUACCCUGUUCUAGUCGUCAUAUACAGAUUAUAAUUUCAGCCUUGUUUCACCAAACCAAGCAAUCAGCAUGAAACUAUAGACAGUUAUCUCUAGCUUGUUGUUAUUGUUGCGAAUUCGAUUCGCAACAAUAAUAAGCCCAGCUUUUUAUCCCUGACCUUAGUAGUGGGUGUAAUCGUUUAUCCCGAGAUUCAUAAAUUUAAGCAUGCAAGUAUAAAACUUUAUGUUUGCAGUGAAUUUCAAAUAAUAUAUCCUGAAUAC